CACGUCUGGGAGGGGGCGCCGUCUCCGCCCCCGCUUCGGGAGGAGGCCGAAGCGGCCACGUCCAUUGCCCCGGGGUGAAGAAGCGGCCCCACCUCGGGCUUGUACUCCUCACGGCCUCCAAACAUGUCCGAGGUGAAGAGCCGGAAGAAGUCAGCGCCCAAGGCAGCGCCCGCGGAGCCCGGGAAGCGGAGCGAGGGCGGGAAGAGCCCCGAGGCCCGGGGCAGUGGAGGCAGGGGCUGGGCGGACCCCCGGACGGGCCUGAGCCUGCUGUCGCUGGGGACAUGCCUGGGCCUCGCCUGGUUUGUAUUUCAGCAGUCGGAAAAGUUUGCAAAGGUGGAAAACCAAUACCAGCUACUGAAAAUAGAAACCAACAAGUUCCAAGGACUUCAAAGUAAAAUCAGUUUAAUUUCAGAAAAGUGUCAGAAGUUUGAAGAUCUCAUGGAACAGUUGAAGUCUUUUCAAAUAAUUGUUCAUCUAAAGCAUCUGCAGGAGGAAAUGCAUGAGGUGAAAACUUGGUCCAACAGGAUAACUGAAAAGCAGGGCAUAUUAAAUGAUAACUUGACAACUCUUUCUCAGGAAGUUACAAAAGUAGAGCAAAAUACAACUUCUCUGGCAAAAUUUGUUGCUCUCAAGAUCACAACAGUAAAAACAGAUAUACGACGUAUUUCAGGUUUAGUAACUGAUGUAACAUCAUUGACAGAUUCUGUGCAAGAACUGGAAAAUAAAAUAGAAAAAGUAGACAAAAAUACAGUAGAAAACAUAGGUGAUCUUCUUUCAAGUAGCAUUGACCGAACAGCAGUGCUUCGAAGGACAGCAUCUGAAAAUUCACAGAGAAUUAGCUCCAUUAAGAAGACACUGUCUGAGCUGAAGAGUGAUUUCAACAAGCACAAAGAGAAACUUUUAAGCUUAGAAAGUGACAGAGCUAAAGUUCUGAAGACAGUGACUUUUGCAAAUGACCUAAAACCAAAGGUGUAUAAUCUAAAAAAGGACUUUUCCCGUUUGGAACCAUUGGUAAACGAUUUAACACUACGCAUUGGGAGAUUGGUUACUGACUUACUACAAAGAGAGAAAGAAAUUGCUUUCUUAAAUGAGAAAAUAUCUAAUUUAACAAUAGUCCAAGCUGAGAUUAAAGAUAUGAAAGAUGAAAUAACACACAUUUCAGAUACGGACUAGUUUGAAAUUUUCUAGAUGAGACUGAAGUAACUUUUUUUAAAAUGGGAACUUUGUCAUGUUAUAAAAAGACUGAUAGCAGAAAUAAUGAAAUUUUGGAGUAAAUACUAUUUUGUAUUUGAUUUUACUUCAUGAAGUAAAAAUGAAAUUUUUAAAAAGUGUUUGAACAGUUGAUUGUCUAAGAUAAAUAUGUUAAAACAUGUACUUGCAACUUUCUGUAGCAAAAAUGUAUCCAUCCCCUUAACAUACAUACACUCACACUGUUAUACACAGUCAUAUAAAUGGGGAGGACAGAAUCUGGGAAAUCUAGAUGGGGAAGGUUCUGAACCCCUUCUUGCUUCCCUGGCUGCCAGGGAACACAGUAUGUGUGGUCAGGUCCUAACUGAAGAAGUGCCCCUCGGGACAGUGCUGUAGCAUUCACCAUCUGCCUAGAGGAAGAGAAACUGGAAAGAUCACAGCCUGAGGACCGCAGGAAGAGAAUCAAGUAAGCCUUCCUGGCUCUCUGGAAGCUUCAGAAACAGGAAAAGCGAUAGUAGCUUACCUAAAAUACAGCAGAGAAGUGGCAUCUAGAGCAGGGCGUGGGGGUGUGUGGCAUGCAGGUGCUUGCCAAGCUUCAGAGAGAGACUGCCUCAGAGCAGGACGACUCCUCUGUGGUGACCAGAAGCAGCCAAAGAACUAGGGAAGGCGGUUCUAACAUUUAAAACAGCAUUAGCAAUUCCAAUUAUGUAAAAUUCUAGAAAAUGCAAGCUAAUCCAUAGUGACAGAAAGCAGAUCCAUGGUUGCCUGGGUAUGGAUUGGAGGGAGGUAUAGACUACAAAGAGGCAUAAGGAGACUUGGGGAUAAAGGAAAUGUUUAAUUGUCUUAAUUGUGAUGAUGGUUUCAUGGAUAUAUACAUGUCAGCUCAUCAAAUUGUAAUUUUAAAUAUGUGUAGUUGAUUACACAUCAGUUAUUCCUCAAAAAAGUACAAUAUAAUAAUCUUAAAAAAAAUUUUAAAAACAUAGUAUUAGCCUCAGCUUAAAAUACUUAGCAUGAAGGGUAUCCAGGUGCACAGAGCUGGUUACCUCAAAAAGACACCUUUAUGAAUUAUUAUACCAGAGUGGCUCUCCCCAAACCUUGGGCUUUCUACCAUGGGAGAGUUAGCUACAUACCCCAACGUGGUUGACCUUCCCCAAACUAUUGGCCAGGAAUUAUAUAUUCAUAUCUCAUUUGAAAAACUGAAUCAUUAUUGCCAAAACCUGGUCAUCUGUCUCUCCCUUUAUAGGAAGGCUAUGGGAUAUAGCUUGUUGAUAUUUUACCUCUGACCUCUUGUUUGUUAAAAAAAAAAAAUCUGACAAAAGUGAGUUUAAAUUUAAAGCAUUUAUUUGGUUUGGAAAAGAUUCAUGAAUUGGGUAGCAACGUGCCAGUGAAACUAGGAAGUGCUCUUUUGCCAAAGACAAAAGGCAAAACAAAGCAUUUUUUAGAUAUUUUGAACAUUAUUUUUAUCACACUGUCAGGUCAUGCAGAAGCAAAAUGUACAGAACACGUGAAAUUUUAACUUGUCUGAACGAAAGCAUGUAGGCAAAUUAAAUUAUGUGCACAAGCAGAAAUGUUUGUGUAUACCAAUGCGGUCAAAACCAAAAAAAAAACCAAACUAGUUGCCACUGAGUCAA